UGGGUUUACCAAUGCAAAAUCUUUAGCGUUUCGUUCUUCUCUUACUUGGGAUUCUUGACCUUGAUUCUUUGUUCUCACAGAAAGUUCUCUCGACUUUUGUGAGUUUAAGAGAGUUAGGCUUGUUUUGUCGAGAGUGAUUCUUAUGAAAAAGAUGACUUCUUUAAGGUGUUUUUUGAGUUCUAUAAUCGUGGGCUAAUAACUGUCUCUUCUGCUCCAGUGAGAGUUGCUGAAGAUGAAAGAUAGAGAAAGCGAUAGGAUUCUUGACAACAGAAUCUUCGUGGGAGUUGUCACUGAGAGGCAGCUUCAAGAUACUUUUCACCGCUACGGAAAUAUCAUCGAGUGUCAGAUCAUGGUGGAGAAAGAUACUGGCCGCGCACGUGGUUUUGGGUUUAUUACAUUCAGUGAUCGCCGAGGAGCUGAUGAUGCAAUUAAACACAUGCACGGGAAGGAGUUGGGUGGUAGGGUCAUCUCGGUGAACAAGGCUGAGCCUAAGGCUGGUGGGGGAGAGGAUGGAGGCUAUUCCAUCACAAGGAAAGGUGCUGAAGAUGAGUGCUUUAAGUGUGGGGGUCGUGGUCAUUGGGCACGAGAAUGCCCAUCAACUGGUGGUGAUCGAGGACGGUACAGAGAUCCUUCUGCAUCCGUCCGCUCUAGAAUUGGUUCAUAUGAUGGACACCGAGAUCGCUAUGACCGCUACAUGGAUGAUCGUCGUGAUGGUGGACGGUAUAGUAGCUACAGAGACUGCUUUGAAGGUGGAGGCAAGUAUGAAGCUCGUGACUUAUAUCCAGUGGAGAGGUAUGGUCCACCAGGAGACCGUUUGGUGAGUGAUAGGUAUGGGAUGCCUGAACGCCAUCAUCAUCAUCUUGAGGACGAGUACGGCAGGGGAGAGAGAGGCUAUGAUAGGGACAUAUACUCAAGUGAUAGGUAUGGAGCUAUGGGACGGUUACGUGAUGAGGGAAGAGGCUAUAGAAGCAGAGCAGGUCCUUAUGACCGUCCUAGCCGAUCUGGAGGCCGAUCUUCUUCAUAUGAACGUUGCUAGUUUAUUCGCGUAACGGAUAUCAAUGCUUGUCUUUUUGAGAUUAGGGAUGUAUCAGAAUUGUUUUCUCUCAGAUGGAACUCGAAUUGUAGAACUAAAAUAGUUAUGUUCUUAAUAAACUUGUUGAUUCCCACAAGAAACUCAAUGCAUUCCAAACUCUAUACACUCAUCACAUACUCUUCCAUACGUUUUAGACAACACUUGAAACAGAUUUUUCAUUUUUCAUGAAAAUUAAAAAGAGGAAAUUUGGCAUUACAACAACAACAAAAAAUAGAGGAAGAAACACAAGACAAAAAGUUACACAAUCUCUUAUCUUUUUACCCACGAAGUUGUCCGAUGUAGAAAUCAUCGAUCAUGUCGAAAACACGAGUCGCGUGUUGUGGUCCGAAAAAGCCAUCAGUAGAAUCAUCGCCAGCAUGA